AUGGAGGAUAGUAUAAUGGAUAAUGGUGGACUUGAGGGAUGCAUCGAAGAAAUGAGAGAGUUGGCCAAGGAUAAAUCACCAUAUCUUGGUAUGGAGUUUCCAUCAGAAAAAGCUGCAUAUGAGUUUUAUAAUGAAUACGGAAGAAUUGUGGGGUUUAGUAUUAGAAGAGAUUAUUGUAACAAAAGUCAAAAAGAUGGUGUUAUGACUAGUAGAAAGUUUGUUUGUUGUAAGGAGGGAGAGAGGGAAAAAGAUAAACGGUACACGAUGAUAAAAAAUCCUCGAAGUGAGACAAGAACAAAUUGUAAAGCAUUUAUGCAUAUAUCUUUUAAGCGGGACUUGUCAAAGUGGAUUGUGUCGAAGUUUGAUAGCAACCACAACCACCCUUUGCAUCCUCUUCAAUGUACUCAUUUGAUGCCAUCUCAGAGAAAGGUAUGUGAUGCUCAGGGUAUAAAUAUUGACAUAGCUGAUGAGAGUGGAAUAUCUCUUAAGGCUUCAUAUAAUCUUAUUAGUGCUAUAGCAGGAGGGAAGGAAUUUGUAGGGUUCAUGCAAGAGGAUCAGAAAACCUACUUACGUGCAAAAAGAUAG